AUGUCUCAUAUCAAUAAUUUCAAGUCGAUGUUGACAAUUGCUGUGGUUGUCGGUGUAGCGUUUGCCGCUCCCAAUAAAGACAAAUCUGAACUGAGUAACGAAAUUGCUCAAUCCGGAUCGUUCAUUACCAAGAACGGUGACUCUGUGUCUGCAUCGUUUGGAGGUUUCCACGCAGCUGCUUCUCUGGCUGACGAUGGUAGUGCUAUGGCUUCCGCCGGCGGCAACGGCUUUGGUGCCAGUAGCGGGUACGGCGAGGGGGGUGCCGGAGCCGGAGCCGGAUUCGUGUCUUCCGGAACGCCAUUGAAACCUGCUACCGGAGGAUACGGUAACAGUGGAAAACCUGAAGGGCCAUACUACCCAGGAGGAGCUGGAGCUGGAGCUGGAAUCGGCGGAAACGGUAGCGGUGGUUUAUUCGACAGGAUUUUCGCCAUACCCAUCAAUGUAUUACAGUCCGUCAAUACGUACUUAAACCAGAAACAAAUGCAUCAAGGACAACCAGGAGUCACGGUUCACGGUCACCACCAGAACAACGGUGUUGCCUCCGCCUCAGCAUCUUCUGUAGCUGGCAGUGCCACGUACGGCAACUCUGACAAAGCUCCAUUAGCGUCUGUCAGUUCCGACUACGGACACGAAUCUGCUGGAGCCUCCGGAAACGGAAAAGCCGGUGCUUCAAUGAUGGUACAGACAAAAACAAAUUACGAUGAAAUAUUCAACAUCCCGAUCACAGCAUUGAGGUCCGUCCAAAACCUGUUGAACGGUUAA